CCGAUCGCCUCAAGCGUCGGUGAGGGGGUCGUCCAGGAUGAGGCCGCUGCUGCUCCUGUUCGUGGCGGCGGCCACCGUGGCGACCGGGGGCCUCGGCCGGGCCUCCGCCGACCUGGGCGGGAUCCCCAGCAAGCGGCUGAAGAUGCAGUACGCCACCGGACCGCUGCUCAAGUUCCAGAUCUGCGUUUCCUGAGGCUACCGGCGGGUGUUUGAGGAGUACAUGCGGGUUAUUAGCCAGCGGUACCCAGACAUCCGCAUUGAAGGAGAGAAUUACCUCCCUCAACCAAUCUAUAGACAUAUAGCGUCCUUCCUGUCUGUCUUCAAACUAGUAUUAAUAGGCUUAAUAAUUGUUGGCAAGGAUCCUUUUGCUUUCUUUGGCAUGCAAGCUCCAAGCAUCUGGCAGUGGGGCCAGGAAAACAAGGUCUAUGCGUGCAUGAUGGUUUUCUUCCUGAGUAACAUGAUUGAAAACCAGUGUAUGUCAACAGGAGCAUUUGAGAUAACUUUAAACGACGUUCCAGUGUGGUCUAAGCUGGAAUCUGGCCAUCUUCCAUCCAUGCAGCAACUUGUCCAAAUCCUUGACAAUGAAAUGAAGCUCAAUGUGCAUAUGGAUUCAAUCCCACAUCAUCGAUCCUAGCCCCAUCUCUCAGCACUGAAAGCUCUCUUACAUGAAAUGGAUCUUUCUAAGGGCAACGUGAUUGAAACCUAUGAAGGCCUGUACUGAAGGCAGCAAACUGUUAGUGCAGACCAGAUGUUCCUUUGCAAUCUCGUUGUACCUAUCGAAAACCUCCAUGUAAAACAGUCUUUCAGUGCUGGCAUGUUUUGGAAUACUGCACAUUCAUGGAGUGCAAUAAUACUGUAUAGUUUAUUUUUUUUUUAAAAAGGGUUAAUUCACCAGUUCAUAGAUUUAAAAAUGCAGGCAUUAUUGUAACUUUAUUUCAGUCACGUUUGAAAAAUGGCAAAGUUUGAGUUAAUACCUGAUUUGUUUUUUCCUUGAAAGAUGUCUUUAAUCUGUUGUGAUUUUUUUAUAUAUGAAUUUAUGUUCUUUUAGUAGUUUAAAAUGGACCUAUGGGGAAAACUACUCAUGUUCCCUGUUGUCUUAAGUACUUAACAAAAGUCUAUCUGACACCUCUAAUUUGGUUGUCCAGUUUGUAUAGUUUUUGAAAUAUUGCAGAUUGUGAACAGUGCAUUAUAUUAGACUAUGAAAAAAUAUAUAUCCAGAGUACUACGCCAUUUUUGUGAUUACUACAAAAUAGACUAAAAGACCAACCGCUUCUAAAAUCCUGUUGCGGAGCUCAUGUCUUGCCUUCACCAGUCUGAGUUUGAUUAACUGGGCCUUUAUACUUAUCCUAAAUAUAAAACUAAGCCAAUUUAAGUUAAAUAAAGAGUUUUCAUUUAUUGUGUGAAGAA